AUGGCGGAGUCCAGCGAGCAGCCGGAGUCAUCCGUCCCAACCCAACCAGCUGGCGAUGUCGAGACUCGAACCGCUCAGCGAAUCGAACAAGAUCCGCAGUUCACCUUCCCGAAGAUGGUGUUUAACAGCGCUGUCGUUGGGUUGAUGUACAUGUGGUGCGACCUCCUCGGCCGCCCUGUUUACCCCCUCGCUGCCUAUGCGGCGCUUCUGAUUUCCCCACUGCGCCUGGGAUGGACCAAGAGGAUGCGCUACGAGGUGCGGUCCAUGAUCUCCAUCUACUUCUUUGUGCUGAGUGCCGGAGUUCUGCCCGUUUGGUGCCUGAAGCGCGGUGGGCAGGUGGGCCGCGCGAUCUUUGGACUUUAUGUGGCAUGGUACAUGCUGAUGGACGACGCGCCACUGCGAGGCGGCCGCUUCCUCCCGUCCCUGCGGAAGCGCUUGUUCUGGAAACACUUCGCAGCGUAUUUUCCGAUGUCCUUGACGCGCACGGCUAAGCUUGACCCGAAGCGCAACUACAUUUUCGGUUACCAUCCGCAUGGGGUGAUCAGCAUGGGGGCCUUGUGCAACUUCGCCACGGAGGCGACGGACUUCUCAGCGCUCUUCCCGGGGAUCGACCUCCGACUCCUCACGCUGGGCUUGAACUUCAGGAUACCAGUGUUCCGGGAAUACCUCUUGGGCAUGGGGGUGAACGACGUUAGCCGCAAAUCCAUCGAAGGCAACCUGGCACGCGGGCCGGGUGCAUCGGUGAUGAUCGUCAUUGGAGGCGCACGGGAGUCUCUCGAGACGGCGCCGGGCACCAACAAGCUGAUCCUGGGCAACCGCAAGGGCUUCGUGAAGCUGGCGCUGCAGAAGGGGGCCUCCCUGGUUCCGGUCUACUCCUUUGGUGAGACGGACCUUUUUGGCGUCUAUGCCUCCAGCCGAUUUCGCAGGCACGGCGGGUGUGCCAUGGAGGAUCUCAAACACCCUCCAGCCCCGGUUGGUGGGCAUGUGAACGUCUAUUAUCUAGUUCGCAUCAUGGUAUUUACGGAUCCGGUCCAGUCUGUGGUCGGCAAGCCCAUUCACGUGGAUGCUCCGGAGCAGAUAGAUGAGUGGCUUAUCCGAAUUGAGAUUGUUUUCUCCAGGCAAGGGCUUCAUGCUCGUUAUGUUGCUGGACUCCAGGAGAUCUACGACGACUGGAAGGAGAGCUUCUUCCGAGAGCGCAGCCGGGUCCUGGAUCGACAGGGCGAGCGCUCCAAGGAGGUCUUGCGACAAGGGAGCUUCCACAUGGAUAAGAUCGAAAGCAUGGUGAUCAACUGUUCUUUCGUGCUGCCAGGGCUCAAAGAGCGAGACGGUCGCAUCCUGCCAUUCUUUUCUGUCCCGCCCAUCCUGGAGGGACAGGGGGUUGUGAAGUUGCAAGUGGCACUGUCCCGGCAUUUCCUUUCGGAGAGGACCUGGGCAGACGUACUGACUUCCAGGCUCAACGGCUUGGCAAAGGCCAGCCUUGGUUGGGCGGUUGUCUUCUUCGCUGAGGAUCAGCGCCAGGCUUUCCUUCGGCGCCGCCAGAGCAUCAACGCUUCGCCCAGGCACACAAGUUCCCUUGACACAGUGAUAUACCAGAUCGGUCCACAAAUCGGGCGUGUUCGACUUCACCACGGUCCGGACCCUGAAGUCGCAGGGUCGGCCAGCGUAGGUGGCCGGCGUGACGACGAAGUGAGCACCCGCCACAUUGUGGACUUGGCGGCCCUGUACAAGCUGAGACCUUCAGCCAUGCCUCUCGCCUGCCGAAGCGCAGCGCCCCCGGACACGAUCGUUCCAAAGUCCCAGAUCCUGCUGACAGCGCCGCCACACACCCAGAGCAUCGUGCCGGCCACGGCCCGCCUGGAGCCGUCUCUGCGUGGCUUCAACCUCGAGGAGGCCGGGCCUCGCCUCGAAGCACGGCGUCGGCGCUUGGCCACGCAGCUUCUGGGUACGGCCUAUCCUGCAGAGCUCCAGAUUCUUGCACGCUUCGGUGUUCCGCCCAGCAUGCGUCGCGAGGUCUGGAGCUCGAUCAUGGGAGUCACCGAGUCGACAGGCACCGCAGCGCUGCAGGAAGCUGCGAAAGGAAUCAACGAGUGGGAGUGGCUCACAGAUGACGUGCUGCGACUUGACGUGUCGGAACACUGCGCCAACGACGUCUCCUAUUUCCCUUUCGAUGAGAUCGCCGAGGCGCUCGUGCUGGCGCUCAGUAGAGACCCACAGAUCUCAUCCAUGUGCGAAAGCGGGCCACCGCAACUACCAAUCGUCAUCCCUGCCCCAGACUCCGCGGAUGCGACUGUAUCCAAGGAAGUUUCAGAAGGCGCGUUGACGGUCCCUCCCUGUGGCGUAGUGCCCUUCAAGGGUUUCUCCAACUACGCGUGCCCGUUUGCCUUCUUGUCAGACCGCUUGGAGACGGCCUACCCCUUGUUCCGGGCCUUUUACUGUCGAAUCCUUUGCCACUUGCACACCAUCUCGAAUCGGCCAGAGACGCUCUUGCAUCUCUGUGCCCUUUUCGAGUCACUUGCUGAAGCCACCGCCCCACGCGCGGCGCAGCACGUGAAGCAGUUGGCUGUGGACUCGGCGCCCUUGCGUUUUGCUUUCCACUGGAUAGUCACAGGCUUUGCGGGGUGCCUCCCCGCAGAGCAGCUGCUGCACCUUUGGGACCGUCUCCUGGGUUUCGACUCCCCCGUUCUGGUGCCGAUCCUCGCCGCCGCCAUCUUCGCCUUCCGCGCCCGGCUCGUUCUCGGCGCCCGGCGUCUGGAGGAAGUGCAACUGCUAUUUGCAGACAUCUCAUGCAUCAAAGUUGUGCCACUGCUGCAGGCCUUCCUCUUCGGCGACGAGCUCGGGUCCAGUGCAGUACUCGCCGCGCGGUGA